UGCUGGGGCUCGGCGCAGCCGUGGAUCGUCGCAGAAAGGAGCCAGCGGGUCAGCUUUCUGAUCGAAGUGCCGGCGCGGUUUUUGUCAGCCUUCUCCGGCCAAAAAGAGCGGCACCUCCGGAGGCGAGUUAUUUACCUAGCGUUGGAGUAAUACUGUAGAUAAAAAUGCCUAUUGGAUGCAAAGAGAGGCUGACUUUUUUUGAAAUUUUUAAGACGCGGUGCAAUGAAGCAGAUUUAGGACCUAUAAGUCUUAAUUGGUUUGAAGAACUUUCUUUAGAAGCACCAUCCUAUAAUUCUGAACCCACAGAAGAAUCUGGAUAUAAAAUCAGUUAUGAACCAAACCUAUUUAAAACACCACAAAGGAAACCUUAUCAUCAGUUGGCUUCAACUCCAAUAAUAUUCCAAGAGCAAGGUCUAAUUGUGCCAAUGUACCAACAAUCUCCUUUAAAAGAAUUAGGUAGAUAUAGAUUAGACUCAGGAAAGGAUAUUACCAAUAGUAAACAUAAAAGUUGUUGCACAAUGAAGUCUAAAAUGGAUCAAACAAAUGAUGUUACCAGCCCACCCCUAAAUUCUUGUCUUAGUGAAAGUCCUUUUCUACAAUGUACACAUGUAACACCACAAAGAGAGAAAUCAGUGGUAUGUGGAAGCUUAUUUCAUACACCGAAGCUUAUGAAGGGUCAGACACCAAAACGUAUUUCUGAAAGUCUAGGAGCUGAGGUGGAUCCUGAUAUGUCUUGGUCAAGUUCUUUAGCCACACCACCCACCCUUAGUUCUACUGUGCUAAUAGUCAGGGAUGAGGAAGCAUCUGCAGCUGUAUUUCCUAAUGACACUACUGCUAUUUUUAAAAGCUGUUUUCCCAAACAUGAUGAAAGUCUGAAGAAAAAUGAUAGGUGUAUCCCUUCUGGGCCAGACAAAGAAAAUAAAAAUCAAAGAGAAGCUAAAAGUCAAGGUUUGGGGAAAAUGUUAGGGAAUUCAUUUGGUAAAGUAAAUAGCUGCAAAGACCAUUUUGGAAAGUCAACACCAAAUGUCCUAGAAGAUGAAGUACGUGAAACAGUUGCAGAUGUUUCUGAAGAAGAUAGUUUUUCAUUAUGUGUUCCUAAAUAUAAAACAAGAAAUCUACCAAAAAUAAAAACUAGCAAGACUAGGAAAAAUAUUUUCAAUGAAACAAAGACCAAUGAAUGUGAAGAAACUAAAAAGCAAAUGAAAGAAAAUAAACAUUCAUUUUUAUCUGAAAUGGAACCGAAUGACAGUGAUCCAUUAGAUUGGAGCGUAACAAAUCCGAAGCCCUUUGGGAAUGGAAAUGAGAAAAUCUCCAAGGAAUUUAUACCAUCUUCAGCCUCUGAAUGGUCCCACCUAACUCUCUCGGGUCUAAGUGGAACCCAGAUGGAGAAAACACCUUUACUGCAUAGUUCUUCUUGUGACCAAAAUAAUUCAGAAAAAGACUUCACAAUUACAGAGAAAGAAAGCACCAACUUUAUAACUUUGGGAAAUUCUUCGCCACAGAUUUCAAGUCUACCAAAGUAUUCAGAGAUGACAUUAAAUAAGGAAACAGUGGUAAAUAAGAUAGAUGAAGAGCAGUGUCUUGGAUCUCAUGAAGAUUCUGUUCUUUCAGGAAAGCGAACAAUAUCUGAAACUACUAUAAUACAUUCUCCACUUCAUGGUAUCAGAAAGUCUAUAUUCAGAAUAAGAGAAUCACCUGAAGAGAUGUCCAGUGCAGUGUUCUCAAAUCGUAUGACUGAUCUAAACUCUAAAGGAGAAAUUGACGCCUCUGAAAGUGCACUGGAAAAAUAUGCUAUUUGCUCACAGAAAGAGGAUUCUUUAGGUUCAAUUGAUAAUGGAAGCUGGCCAGCCACUAUCAGACACACUUCUGGAGCUUUGAAGACUUCAGGUUUAAUAUCCACUUUGAAAAAGAAAACAAAGAAGUUUAUUUAUGUUAUAAAUGAUGAAACAUCUUAUCAAGGACUGAAAACACAGAAAGACCAGGAAUUGGGACUAACUAACCAUUCAGACCAAUCUGAAGCAAAUGCUUUUGAAGGACCACUGACAUUUACAAACGCUGAUUCAGGUUUAUUACAUUCUUCUUCUGUCAAAAAAAACUGUCCACAGAAUGAUUCCGAAGAACCAGCCUUGUCUUUAACCAGCUCUUUUGGGACAAUUAUGAGAAAAGUUUCCAAUAAUGGAACCAGUUCUGUUAAUAAUAAAACAGUACCUCAGGAUCUUGAUUAUAAAGAAGCAAAAAUUAAUAAGGAAAAGCUGCAGUCAUUUAUAACCACAGAAACUGAUUGUCUAUCAUCCUUGCAGGAAAAACAUUGUGAAGAUGAUGCAAAAAGUCAGAGAGUUUCAGAUACAAAAGAAAAGGUCUUGACUGCUGUAAGUUACCCUCCUGUGCCACAUUCAGAAGUAGAAGGUUGUGGUAUUCACUUUCAAUCUCCAGAAAGCUUUUCAUCUGACCAUGAUAAUACUAGUCUAACUCCUAGCUCCAGAGAUCCUCCAUCAAACCCAGUCAUGACUUGUAGAGGAAAAGAAUCAUAUAAAAUGUCAGAGAAACUAAAAUGUAAGAAUCAUGAAGGUGGUUUUGAAUUAAUCAAAAAUAUUCCCAUGGAAAAGAAUCAAGAAAUGCAUGUUUUAAAUGCAAAUUCUAAAAAUACUGAGGUAUUGUCAACUGAAAAAUAUGUAAUAGUAGCAUCACCUUCUAUGAAGGUACAAUUCAACCAAAAUACAAAUCUCACCACAAUCCAAAAAGACCAAAAAGAAACUACUUUAAUUUCAAAAAUAGCUGUCAAUCCAAACUCUGAAGAACUUUUCCCAAAUGAUGAGAAUAAUUUCGUCUUAGAGAUAACUAAUGAAAGUAAUAUUCCUGUUUUAGGAAAUAUUAAGGAACUUCAUGAUGCAGACCUCUGUUGUGUAAGAGAACCUGUUCUCAAAAACUCUACCAUGAUGGUAUAUACAGACAUGGAUGACAAACAAGCAGCCAAACUGUCGAUUAUGAAGGAUUUUGAUUCAUCAAACAUAGAUGAUCUUACAGAAAAGAAUGGAAAUAGCAUAAAGCAGCAACUAAAAAUGACUCUAGAUCAAGCUUCAAAAUCAGACAUCACCUUGGAUGUAGUUAGGAAAUCAAAUGGAAAUAAUGACUACAUGAAUAAUUGGGCAAGACUAUCAGAUCCAGUUUCAAAUCACAGUUUUGGAAAUGGCUUCAGAACAGCUUCUAAUAAAGAGAUAAAACUCUCUGAACACAACAUUAAGAAAAGUAAAAUGCUCUUCAAAGAUAUUGAAGAACAUUAUCCUACUAACUUAGCAUGUAUUGGAAUUGUUAAUACCUCAUCAUUAGAAAGUCAAAAGAAACUAAGCAAACCUCUCACACUUGAUCCACAGUCAAUUAAUAGUGUGUCGGUGUUUGUGCAGAGUAGUGCUUAUGUUUCUGAUAGUGAAAGUGGUCAUAUAGCCCCUCCAACUUCAUCUUUAAAGCAAGAUUUUAAUUCAAAUCAUAAUUUAACACCUAGCCAAAAGGCAGAAAUAACAGAACUUUCUACUAUUUUGGAAGAAUCGGGAAGUCAGUUUGAAUUUACACAGUUUAGAAAGCCAAGCCACAUAAUAGAGAAAAAUCCAUUUGAAAUGCCUGAAAACCAGCUGACUAUCUUGAAUAGAACUUCUGAAGAAUGCAGAAAUACUGAUCUUCAUCUCACAAUUAAUGGCCCAUCUAUCAUUCAGGUAGACAGCAGUAAGAAAUUUGAAGGUAUACUUGGAGGUAACCAGAGGUUUGCUUGCUUAUCGAGAACCAACUGUAACAGAAGUGCUUGUGGCUCUUUAGCAGAUAAAAAUGAAGUGAAGUUUAGAGGCUUUUAUUCUGCUCGUGGCACAAAACUGAAUGUUGGUAGUGAAGCACUGCAAAAAGCUAAGCAGCUGUUCAGGGACCUUGAGAAUAUCAUUGAGGAACCUUCUGUAGAAUUAGAUACAAGAAGCGUCUCCUCAGGUAAAUGUAAUGAUUCUGCUGUUUCAAUGAUUCAGAUAGAAGAUUGUAACAAUGAUAAAAAUUUUAAUGAGAAAAAUAAUAAAAACCAACUAAUACUACAAAAUAAUAUUGAAAUGACUGCUGGCAUUUUUGUUGAAGAAAAUACUGAAGGUUACAAGGGAAAUACAGAAAAUGAAGAUAACCAGUGUACUGAUGCCAGUGGAAGUAUUCAUAACUUAGAAUCUGUUAGCAGUGAUUCAAAUAAAAAUGAUAUAGUUUAUAUUCAUGAAGAAGAAAACAGCUUGCCAUGUAUUGAUCAGCACAACAUCGAUCAAAAAUUAUCUAGCCAGCUGACGAAGGAGGGAAACACGCAAAUUAAAGAAUGUUUGUCAGAUUUAACCUGUUUGGAAGUUGCAAAAGCUGAAGAAACAUUUCGUGUUAAUACGUCAAAUAAGCAACAUUUCACAGCUAAUACAAUGGGACAAAACAUAAAAGAUUUUGACAUUUUUGAUUUAUCCUUUCAGACAGCAAGCGGGAAAAAUAUAAGGGUCUCCAAAGAGUCAUUAAAUAAAGUUAUAAAUCUCUUUGAUCAAAAAUGGACAGAAGAGGAAUUGAAUAACUUUUCAGAUUCCUUGAAUUCUGAAUUAUUUUCUGGCAUAGAUAUCAACAAAAUAGACAUCUCAAGUUAUGAGAAAACAGAAAACAGUGAAAGAAAAAACAAAAUAAUGGAAGAAAGUGACCUAAUUGGUACUGAAAAUAAAUUACUGACCCUCCAACAAAGACCAGAAAGUGAAAUCAAAAAGAUCAAAGAACCUACCAUGUUGGGUUUUCAUACAGCUAGUGGGAAAAAAAUAGAAAUUGCAAAGGAAUCUUUGGACAAAGUGAAAAAUCUUUUUGAUGAAAAAGAGCAAGGUGAUAGUGGAGUCACUAAUUUUAGCCAUCAAGGGGCAAAGAUGUCCAAGGACAGAGAGAAAUGUGAAGAUGAGCUUGAAUUAGCUUGUGAGACCAUUGAAUUAACUGCACCAAAGUAUGAAGAAAUGCAGAAUUCUCUAAAGGAAAAAAAACUUGUUUCUAGUGAGAUUGUGGUGGCACCCAGGCUCUUAAGUGGUAAUUUGUACAAACAAACUGAAAAUCUUAAAAUAUCAGAUCAAGACUCUCUGAAAGUUAAAGUACAUGAAAAUACAGAAAAAGAAACAGCAAAAAAGCAUAUGAUUUAUACAAAUCAAUUCACUUAUUCAGCUAUUGAAAAUUCACCUUUAGCAUUUUACACGGGACAUGGUAGAAAAAUUUCUGUGAGUGAGACUUCACUAUUUGAAGCAAAAAAACGGCUUAGAGAAGGAGAAUUGGAUGAUAAACCAGAAAAAAUAAAUACUGCCAUGGUUAUCUGUUUAAAAGAAUAUCCUGAUGAUUGUGUAGAAAAUCCUUCAUGUGGAAAUAGUUCAAGUAGUACCAUAUCUGAAAAUGACAAAAAUCCACCCUCUGAAAAACAAGGCUUGACCUAUUUAAGUAAUAGUACCGUGUCUAACAGGUAUUCAUACCAUUUGGAUUUUUGUCAUUCCAGUGAGGUAUAUAAAAAAUCAGAAUAUCUUUCAAAAAAUAAAGGUGAUAAUUCUGGUACUGAACCAGUAGUGAAGAAUGUUAGAGAAAACACUAUUUUUUCUGAAAUAACAUCCACUGUAAGAGAAGCAGACACAGACCCACAAAUUAUAAAUGAAGAUAUUUGUGCUCAGAAACUUGUGACUAACUCCUUGUGCAAAAAUGAAAAUACAGCCAUUAAAGUGGCCAUAUAUGACUCAAAUAAUUUUAAUUCAAUUCAGAAAUUGAAUUCAGAUUCAAAUAAUGCUAUACCUGCAUACAGUACAGCAAGUAGUAAAAGAGUCUUUGUUGCACACCAGACAAAAGCGACAGAGGGAUUUACAAACAACUGCAGUAUGAUAAUUAAGCAAAACCCCAAGAGUAAAUCAGACACUUGCCACAUGAGAAUUGUGGCAGGUUAUCCUAACACACUGGAUGAUUCGGAGGAUAUUAUUUUUCCUGACUCUCUGGAUGAUGCAGAACAUAGAUCGUCUUCACGUAAGGUUUUUGCUGGCAUUCAAAGUGAACACACUUUACAACUUAACCAAAGUAUAUCUGGAUUGGAGAAAGUUUCUGAAAUACCAACUUGUCAGAAUAAUUCAAAAACUUCUGAUACAUGUAAACUUAAUACAGGAAAGCUUCCAAAGUCAGUCUCUUGUACGAAUGCUUGCGGGAUUUUUAGUACAGCAAGUGGAAAAUCUGUACAAGUAUCAGAUGCUGCAUUACAAAAGGCAAGGCAGGUGUUUUCUAAGAUAGAAGAUAGUGCCAAGCAACUCUUUCCCAAAGUAUCAUUUAAAAAUAGUGAACAUUCAGACAAGUUCACAAAUGAAGAAAAUGCUAUGCUACAAACCUCCCAAAAUUUAGUCUCAUCUACUUUCUCCGGAUUUAGCACAGCAAGUGGGAAACAAGUUCCAGUUUCUGAAAGUGCUUUAUGCAAAGUUAAGGGAAUGUUAGAAGAAUUCGAUCUGAUCAGAACUGAAUGUGGUCUUCAGCAUUCAUCUACAUCUAGACAAGAUGUAUCAAAAAUACCUCCUCGCUCUUGUAUUGAUAAGAGAACCCCAGACCAAUGUGGCAACUCCAAAUUGGAAAAGGCCUACAAUAAAGAAUUUAAAUUAUCAAGUCACUGUAACAUUGAGAGGGGGUCUUCAGAAAAUCAUCACUCCAUUAAAGUUUCUCCAUGUCAAUCUCAGUUGAAGCAAGACAAACAGCAGUUGCUAUUGGGAAGCAAAGUAUCUCUUGUUGAGAACAUUCAUCUUUUGGGAAAAGAACAAGCUUUACCUAAAAAUAUAAAGACAGAAAUUGGGAAAACUGAAACUUUCCCUAAUCUUCCUGUGAAAACAAAUAUAGAAAUUUGUUCUACUUACUCCAGGGAUCCAGAAAACUAUUUGGAAACAGAAACAGUAGAGAUUGCCAAAGCUUUUAUGGAAGAUGGUGAGCUGACAGAUUCUGAACUGCUAAGUCAUGCCAAACACUCUCUUUUUACAUGCCAAAGCACUGAGGAAAUGGUUUUGUUAAAUUCAAGAAUUGGAAAAAGAAGAGGAGAUGCACUUGUCUCAGUUGGAGAACCCCCAAUUAAAAGAAACUUGUUAAAUGAAUUCGACAGGAUAAUAAAAAAUCAAGAAAAAUCCUUACAAGCUUCGAAAAGCACUCCAGAUGGCAUCCUAAAAGACAGAAGCUUGUUUAUGCAUCAUAUUUCUUUAGAGCCAAUUACCAGUGGACCCUUUCGCACAACUAAGGAACGGCACGAAAUGCAGAAUCCAAAUUUUACUGUAUCUGGUCAGGAAUUUUCGUCUAAAUCUCGUUUUUAUGAACACCUGGCUUUGGAAAAAUCUUCAAGCAAUUUAUCAGUUUCAGGGCAGCCAUUUUGUACAGUUCCUGCCACAAGAAAUGAAAAAAGGAGACACUUGAAUACUCCAGGCAAACCAGUGAAAGUCUUUGUCCCACCUUUUAAAACUAAAUCACAUUUUCACAGAGAUGAACAGUGUAUUAGCAAGAAUACUAAUUUCGAAGAAAACAAACAAAACCCAGAAAACAUCGAUGAACAUGGCCCUGGUGAGAGUGAAACAAAUAUUAAUGAUGGUGGAAUUCAUCAGCUUAAGAAAAAUAACUCCAGUCAAGCAGCAACUAUAAUAUUCACAAAGUGUGAAAAAGAACCUUUAGAUUUAAUUACAAAUCUUCAGAAUGCCAGAGAUAUACAGGAUAUGCGGAUUAAAAAGAAACAAAGGCAGCACAUUUUUCCACAGCCAGGUAGUCUGUACCUUGCAAAAACCUCCACUGUGCCUAGAAUCUCUCUGAGAGGAGCAGUGGAAGGCCGAGUCCCCUCUCCGUGUUCUCAUAAACAGCUCUACAUGUAUGGCGUUUCCGAACAUUGUGUAAAAAUUAACAGCAAAAAUGCAGAGUCUUUUCAGUUUCACACUGAGGAUUAUUUUGGUAAGGAAGGACUAUGGUCUGGAGAGGGAAUACAGUUGGCUGACGGUGGAUGGCUCAUACCCUCCAAUGAUGGAAAGGCUGGAAAAGAAGAAUUUUAUAGGGCUCUGUGUGACACCCCAGGUGUGGAUCCAAAUCUUAUUUCUAGAGUUUGGGUAUAUAAUCACUACAGAUGGAUUAUAUGGAAACUGGCAGCUAUGGAAUUUGCCUUUCCUAAGGAAUUUGCUAAUAGGUGCCUAAGCCCAGAAAGAGUGCUUCUUCAACUAAAAUACAGAUAUGAUGUGGAAAUUGAUAGAAGCAGAAGAUCAGCCUUAAAAAAGAUCAUGGAAAGGGAUGACACAGCUGCAAAAACUCUUGUUCUCUGUAUUUCUGAAAUAAUUUCAUCAAGCGUAGAUAUAUCUGAAACUUCCAGCAGUAAAACUAAUAGUAUGGGUACCAAAAAAGUGGGCAUUAUUGAGCUCACAGAUGGAUGGUAUGCUGUUAAGGCCCAGUUAGAUCCUCCCCUCUCAGCUCUUGUAAAGAAUGGUAAACUGACUGUGGGUCAGAAGAUCAUUAUUCAUGGAGCAGAACUGGUUGGCUCUCCUGAUGCCUGCACACCACUCGAAGCCCCAGAAUCUCUUAUGUUAAAGAUUGCUGCUAACAGUACUCGUCGUGCUCGCUGGUAUGCCAAACUUGGAUUCUCUCCUGAUCCUAGACCUUUCCCUCUCUCCUUGUCAUCACUUUUCAGUGAUGGAGGAAAUGUUGGUUGUGUUGAUGUAGUUGUUCAAAGAGCAUAUCCAAUACAGUGGAUGGAGAGGACCCCAUCUGGAUUAUGCAUAUUUCGGAAUGAACGAGAGGAAGAAAAGGAGGCAACGAAAUAUGCAGAAGCCCAACAAAAGAAACUAGAAGUUUUAUUCAAUAAAAUUCAAGGGGAAUUUGAAAAGCACGAUGAAAAUAUAACGAAACAAUGUAGACCAUCAUGCGCAUUAACAAGACAGCAAGUCUGUGCUCUGCAAGAUGGUGCAGAGCUUUAUGAAGCAGUGACGAAUGCACCAGACCCAGCUUAUCUGGAGGGUUACUUUAGUGAAGAGCAGUUAAGAGCCUUGAAUAAUCACAGACAGAUGUUGAAUGAUAAGAAGCAAGCACAGAUCCAGUUGGAAUUCAGGAAGGCUAUGGAAUCUGCUGAGCAAGGAGAGCAAAUUUUAUCAAGGAAUGUUACAACUGUGUGGAAGUUGCGUAUCAUAAGCUAUGGGAAGAAAGAAAAAGAUUCAGUUACAUUGAGUAUCUGGCGUCCGUCAUCAGAUUUAUAUUCCCUGUUAACAGAAGGAAAGAGAUACAGAAUCUAUCAUCUUGCAACAUCACAAUCUAAAAGUAAAUCUGAAAAAGUUAACAUACAACUAACAGCUACAAAGAAAACCCAGUAUCAACAGCUACAGGCUUCAGAUGAAAUCCUAUGCCAAAUUUAUCAGCCAAGGGAGCCCCUUUACUUCAACAAACUAUUGAGUCCAGACUUCCAACCACCUUGUUCUGAGGUGGACCUAGUAGGAUUUGUAAUUUCUAUUGUGAAAAAAAUAGGUCUUGCUCCUUUGGUCUAUUUGUCAGAUGAAUGCCAUAAUUUAUUGGCAAUAAAGUUUUGGAUCGAUCUUAAUGAGGACAUUAUUAAACCUCACACCUUAAUUGCUGCAAGCAACCUCCAGUGGCGACCAGAAGCCAAAUCAAGAAUUCCUACUUUAUUUGCUGGAGAUUUUUCCAGGUUUUCUGCCAGUCCAAAGGAGGGCCAUUUUCAAGAGAUAUUCCACAAAAUGAAAAAUACCAUUGAGAAUAUUGGUAUGUUUUGCAAUGAUGCAGAAAACAAACUUAUGCAUAUACUUGAUGCAAACGCUCCCAUGUUGUCCACCCCGACUAAAGACUAUGCUUCAGAGCCAUACACUGCUCAAACAGUCCUUGGCAUGGGAAAUAAAUUUCUGAUGUCUUCUCCCAGUGGUGAGAUGAAUUACCAGAGUCCUUUAUCACUUUCUAAGCUGAAAGAGAAGUCUGUUCCCACACCUGGAUCAGCCCAAAUGACUUCAAAGUCUUAUCAUAAAGGGGAGAAAGAGAUGGAUGACCCAAAAAAUUGCAAGAAGAGAAAAGCCUUAGAUUUUUUGAGUAGACUGCCUUUACCUCCACCUGUCAGUCCCAUCUGUACAUUUGUUUCUCCAGCUGCACAGAAGGCAUUUCAGCCACCACGGGCUUGUGGCACCAAAUAUGAAACACCUAUAAGGAAGAAAGAGUUGAAUUCUCCUCAGAUGACUCCACUCAAAUUGAAUGACCUUUCCCUUUUGGAAAGUGAUUCAAUAGCAGAUGAAGAACUCGCACUGAUCAACACUCAAGCCCUUUUGUCAGGUUCGGCAGGAGAAAAUCAACUUAUGUCUCUCAGUGACUCCACUAAGACUGCUCCUGAGAACUUAAAAGAUUAUGUCAGGCCAAAAAGGCAUUCUCUGGCAUCUGGGGCAAAAGGAUGCUGGAGCCCCCAAGCCCACACCGAAGAGCGGGAGACCAAUGUGCAAGACGCAAGUCCUGUGAAAAGGGCAUCUGUGAGACUGCAAAGGCAACAAAAACAAAAAUGACAAUAAAUCAGUUACUGAUUCAGCCUUUCCAACUUGUAGAAAAUAUGGCUUCAACCUGUCAGGAUUUGCAUAUUGAGAAGAAAAAGGACCCUUGUGCUUUGUCUAUCUCAGGAAUGCCCCUGGCCUGUCUCUGUAAUGAUAUGCUCUAAUUUCAGUUAUAUGUCUGAAAGUUGACUGUGUAUUUAUUUAUUAACUAAUCAAGAAAAAAAUAUGACAGGAUUUGAUCACUGGAUUUGAUCAGGUAUAUUUUACAAAGUAAACAUAACUUUUUCUUUAAUUUGUGUCCCUAAUUAAAUGAAACUAAGGUUUCUAAGUA